AUGUUUUGCGCCCUCAAUGGACAACAUUAUGCACUCACCUGCUUCCAUGUUGGUUGUGCAACUGAUGAAAACCGUUUAAACGCCGCAUUCGAUAAAGUAGAAGAUGUUCAGAAGAUGCGCAAUUCACUUACAGCUUAUGAAAGUUAUGCAAAGAAACUGCAGCAACAUUAUUUUACACAAGGCAAUACAGAGAACGACAAUGAGUCCAUCUUAUUUGGAGACGAUGGAACGGACUGCACGCGUCUUGGUGGUUUUGACAAUUAUCAUUUUGACAACGAAUGUGACAUUUUGUCUCUAAGACUAUAA